AUGUGGUCGUGUAGAGUGGUCUUUUUGCAUGUUCUCCUUGUUCUAAGUUAUACACUGUGGGCAGAGGGAAAUGAUAAUCUGGAAAGGAAUUUCCUAGAUAAUCUAGAAGAAACAUUCUCUAAAAAAUGGAAUGCAUCCAGUGAAAAAAUCGAAAGUGAAAUAGACGAGAUAAUCCAUGAAUUUGUAAAUCUAAAAAAUCAAAGGAAGAGAUUCCGGAGAGACACCCAAUGGCGUGGUUCAGAUCACUUGAAACUUGUGGGAUUUGAAGAAAUGGGUUCCAUUCCAGUAAGUUUCCCUCUUGACUUCUGUCUUAUUAAUGUCUUCGGAGCAACAUUUGCCGUAGCACUGCACUCAAAGGGACCAAAAUUUGAGAAUGCCACAAACAGCACGGAUAUUUCUUUCCUUCAGUUAAUUGGUACAGAUUUUGAGAUAGUCUACCAAAAAGAACUGCCGAAAAGCCACAGUAUGGAUUGUAUCUCAAUGGGUGAUCAAGCUUUUGUGGCAGUUGUCGGUGAAUUCAGAAAGAAUACCAAAGAUUUGGGAUCACCAAUCUUUCAAAUUCAACAAAGUGGAGUCAGAAUAGUUCAUUUAAACAGAAUGGAACAUCAACUUGUUGCGAAAUUUUGGUCGCAUGGAAAUGAUAUUUUUCUCAUGGAAACUUGCAAGACAAGUCAUAUGCCAAUUGAGAUUCAACAGAAAUUCCUCUGUCCCAUCUACAAGUGGACAAUUGGAGGAAAUUUUGAAAUAUGGAAUGAACUUCCAUGCUCAAAUGCUGUUGCAGUGGAAGUCUUUGAAGUGAAUGGAGAUAUAUUUCUGGGUCUUGCCAAUGGUAUAGGUGAGAAGAGAUUGCCAAUAGUCCCUUCCGUCAUUUACAGAUUUGAUGAGAAUUCCCAUAAAUUUGCUUAUCAUCAAUCAAUUGUAACUGAUGGUGUUGUGGAUCUCAAGUAUUUCCAUGCAAAUGAGGAAGACUACUUGAUAAUUGCAAAUUCUCCUGGACAAGAUAAUCCAGAAAAUGACAAUUUCGUUGGAUCUUACAGUAUCAUCUACAAAUUCACUCAUGGUCAUUUCUUGCCCAUUCAAAGUAUAGCAACAGCUUCAGUUACUGGUGUUCUACCAGUAACUGUUUUAAAUGACCAUGUAAUUCUUCUCUUUUCUGGUCGAACAGAAUCUAUGAAGAUUUUUGAAUACGAUGGAUGGAAAUUUCAAGAAUCUACUUUAAAAUACACUACGGAAUCUUUUGAAAUUGGUGUAUCUAGAAUGAGAGAAUAUUCAUUUGGAGAACAAUCAGUGAUUGUAAUUGCCAAUAAGCGUGUUUUUGGAGAGAUCCAAAAUGUUUUCAUGCCACAGUUUAAAACAGUACCAAACUAUGAUGUUCAUGGAGCAAUGCUUGAAUGGUGUGAAGAGAGUAUUGCUGAAAUGUCCAGUAUUAAUUUUGAGGGAUUCCUGGCGGCAAUGACGAAUCUUCCAAAAGCCACAGAUGAAGUUCUCGAAUUUUCCAAUGGCUUGGAAUUUUCUUCUCUCAAUGUGGAAAAUUUAUUGGCUCAAGAGAUAAAAACUCCUCUGGUUACCUUAAAUGAAGACACAGCAAAAGAAAUAAAUACCACAAGUAUAAGUAUUGUGGCUCUGAACGAAAAGAUGAACAUUAUUAACACUACAUUGAGGAAUUUUUUGAGUGCUAACAGUGGCAUCUUAACUCAAGAACCUCUCCAACAAAAUUCCUCACAAGAGCUCUCCAGUGAAAAAUAUGAUUUUGACGAGCUGACAGUGGAAGAAAUUCAAACAGAAUUCAUCAAUGGUUUACCUUUUGAGAGUCUCAUUCGGACAGAUACUCCCCUUAAUUUAUCUGGAAUUGAGCUUGAGUGCAGGAAUGUGUCAAUUUUAGGCGAAUUGACUGUGAAAAACUUCCUGGAUGGCGUUAAAUUAGACAAAAAUCACAUUCUUCUGAAGAACUCCGAUCCUCAACAUCUCAAUUUUACAGCUCUCGAUACGCUAAUUGUAAAUGAUGUUCAUCUGCAGAGAAUCAAUUCACUUGAUUUUUCCCUGAUUCUGAAUGGCCUUAAAGAGAUGAAGUCAGUGGAGAAGAAUGUGACGGUCCUCAAAGCCGACAAUCUCUUUGUCAAUGGAUCCGUCAAUGGGGUAGAUUUAGCAGUUUUGGAAAAAUAUGCUCUACGCACAGAAGGCAACCAAAUAAUUAUAGAAGUGAGUGAAAUUGAUCAUUUGGUUGCUGAUAAAGUCAAUGCCUUUAGAAAGGUUUCGGAAAAAAAUAUCUCAAAUGCCGUUCUUGCAUCAAAUGGAGACUUUCUUCUCGACUAUCCAGUGAGUUUUUACACAAAUAUCUCUGUGGAAAAACUACAAGUGACUGAAAGGCUGAAUCAAAUUGAAGUUUUUGAUGGAAAAUUAGAUAUUAUUUUGUUAAAUUCAACAGAAAUGCAGAUUGUUGAUGGAAAGAAAACUUUUGAUAAUGUCAGUUUGUUGAAACCUAUCCUAUUGCAGGGAAAGAUUAAUAGCCAAAGUUUGGAUAAGAUGAAUCCUAUGGCAAGUAUUAAUGAUAAUUUAGUUUUGGAUGGAGAUUACUUUAUCACAGGUCCAGUGACUGUUAAUAGAGUCCUCAGAGUAGAAGAUCUUGUAAGUGGGAAUCUCAGUCUGCAGAAACUCUUCUCAGAUGGCCUCAAGAUUGACACAAUGGAAGUGCAUCAGAAUAUAAAUUUUCAGCAACCCAUUAAAAUCUUUGAUUUCUACACAGAGUCAAUAAAUGGAUUGGAUCCUGAAAAUUUUGUCAAGAUCAAUACAGAAGAAAUUCAAACGAUCACAGGGAAGAAGUACUUUAAAUCCGAUCUGAUGAUCAAUGAUGGAUUUUGCGAUGCUGAAAUAAUUCAAGGAGUAAAUCUCACUGAACUCAAUCUGAAUAUUCUCCAUAGGGAUGGAAAUGAAACGAUAGAUGGUGAUAUUCAUUUCAGAAAAAUCACAGUAAAUAGCGUAAAAGGAGAAAAUGUACGAUUUUCAGGACAAAAUUUCAGCAAUUUCCUUCACUUUGACAGAGAUCAAUUUAUUUCUGGGAGAGUUACGAUAAACAAAACAUUUUCUGUCCAGGACAAUCUUACUAUUGGCGAUUUGUAUGGAAAUGGAACAGUGGGUAAAGUACCUAUUGAGGAUUUUGUUGUGAAUUCAGCAAGAAAAGGCCAAAGGAUCAUAUUGACUGGGAAGAAAAUUUUCAAAGGAGGUCUCACCAUUGGAAGUAUGGAUGUUAAUCAUUUUCCAGGAUUCAAUGUUUCACAGAUUGAUGGGCAAUUCUUUGGAUUUCUGGGAGAGAAAAUCAUUUGGGGUUCUAUUGAGUUUCCCAAUGAAAUGUCUAUAAAAAAUUUCGACUUCAGAGGAACUCUCAACAAUAUUGCAGCAUCUGAUUUUGGAAUUUGUUGGUUACUAACAGAAGGUGAUCAGGAAUUUACAGCUAAUCAGAUUUUUUCGAAAGUUCAAGUUCAGGAUGGGGCAGUUCUGGAGGGAUCACUGAAUGAGAAAGAUUUUGAAGAAUUGUACAAAAAUUCAUAUUUCAUCAAUCAACAGGAAACACUUCCAGUUGUUGAAUUCCUCGACGAAGUAACUGUUAAUGAUGCCCUUUUGACCAAUGGCAGUCUUGCAGGAGUUCUUCUGCCUCAACUUCUCAUGAAGAAGUCCAAAGCAUCCUACAAAAUUUCAAAACUCGAUGUCUAUGGGGAUUUGUUUGUUGACAAGAAUUUAAUGAUUUUGGAAUAUGUCAACAACAUCAAUUUACCAACACUUUCCAAAUUUCUUGUGCCUUCAUCCACCAGUUCCCUUGACAAUUUAGUAGUGCAUGGUAGUGCCACAUUUAACAUGGAACCGAAAGUUAUUUUUAUCAAUGGAUGGAAUAUUGCGUAUGUCUUGCAAAAUGCCCUGAUGAUCUACAAUCAGAUCCACUUCACGGAAUUUGUACAAUUCUCAUGGGCAAGCUUUAGAGGAAAUAUUGAUCUGGUGGGGACGAUAAAUGGUAUCAAUUUAACUUACGUGGCCACAAACUACAUGAGUCUCACGAAGCCGCAAACAAUCAGCACUAAAAUUGCUUUUCUCAACAAUGUUGAACUGAAAACUGUUCUUUCAUCCUCUCAAUUGCACAUCGAUGGAUACUUGAAAUCGAUAAGCAGCGGAGAAGCGAUCAAGAUAGAAGAACUUAACGAAAAGGCGGCAAAAAUUAGCGGGAAUCAAUCAAUUUCCGGUCAAUGGGUUGUUGAGAAUAUAUUUGUUGAAGGAGAUCUCAAAAAUGUGAAGAUAAAUGGAUUGGAUAUGCAGGAGGAUAUUGUUCGCUACGAUGUUGACUUCAACAACGUGACUGGAUUGAAGAAAUGCCACUAUUUAGUAGUGGAAGAUCUGCAGUGCGAGGAUACCUGCAUUAUUCAGGACGUUGAUGUGAAGAAAUGGUUUGCUCAGGCAGUCUUUUUAAUUGGGAAUCACACAAUACACGGCAAAAUAACUCUGAAAAAUUCAAUCUUUCUCACGGAUAUCAAGUAUGAAUUUUUCAGAUUAUUCUUUAUUAAAAUUCUAAUAAUUCUUUUUUUUUGUAUUUUUAGGGUUAAUGGGCUUGUGAAUAACAUCACUUUCAAUCACGAUACCAUCCUCACAAAGAACUUGGAACAGACAAUUGAGGGUAAUAUCUAUAUUGAUAAUAGAUCGAGGGAUAAGACAAAAUUGCAUUCGCUGAAUUUCCACAAACUUCAAGCUGAGACUAUCAAUGGAAGGAAUAUUGAGGAAUUUUUGGAGAAUGUAGCUACGCAGAAUGAUUACAAAUCAGGAGAGAAUCUUGUAGAGACUCCUGUGAUUUUUGAGAAAUCUCUAGUUGCUGAGCAUCUGCAGUGCCAGGGACAACUUUUCGGGGUGAAUAUAAGUGAGAUGGAUACUGAACUGGAAAUGGCACAGACAUUGAGUUUUAUGGAGAAUAAGCUGAAGAGAUUGUAUGAGAAAGCUCAGGCAAUUAUUAAGCAUAGAAAGGGAAAUGCUUUCUAUGUUAUUCAUUACACUGUGGCUCAAACAUUUCCGGGAGUUUUGAAGAAAAUUGUUCCUAUUGAAUUGAUGAGGCAUGAGAAGAAAAAUCUUUAUCUGGCCAUCUUAGCUGGAAGCUCCAAUGAGACUAUUAUUGAUUUCUACAGGUUGGAAGAAUUCAAACGGAGAAGCUUUGUGGAGUCUGAUAUCCUGCCGAUACGCUUUGAAGAUGGUGAACUUACAAGUAUUGAUCGAUUGCAUCUACUUGGUCAGGAUUAUCUCUUUACUGAGAAGUACAGUGAAGAUAUUGGGUACAAGCAAACAAUAUUUCACUAUGCAAAAGACAAAAUUAAGGUGAUCUAUGAGAGAUUCACUGAUACUCCCAAAAGAAUGACUUCAGUGAAGCUGAAUAGCAAGAACAGCAAACAAGAUUGCAUUGUGCAAUAUUCAGUGAAGGAUUUCCAAGUGACUGUGGAAUGUUUGAUGGUCAAUGAGAGUGGAAAUGUCACCUGGAAGCCCUAUCAGAAUCUCAUAAUUCCUGAUGCCAGAGAAAUAAUGCCCCUAAAAAUCAAUUCAUUUGCCGUCAUUACCACAAAUGGAAGUGUAAUUUUGUUAGAGAAUCAUCCCAAAGAGAAGUGGCAAGAGAAACAAACGCUAACCGUCAUUAAUCCAUUGGAUAUGUCUUCAGAGACUUUCGAAGACAAACUUUUCCUUGGGAUUUGCUCGGGGCAAACCAAAAAUUCUGUUCAUCAUGGAUCUGUAGAGAUUUUCCGUUUGAUCGGAAAGGAAUUUGUUCACUUUCAGAACAUUCGUAUUGAGUCGCCUGUUAGACUUCAAUUUUCCAUUCUGCCAACAGGAGAAUUUGUUCUCUAUGUGCUUACCAGUAAUCCUGCCCAGCCUCUUAUUGUCUACAAAUACUCAGGAAUUUCGGGAUUCAGACAGUUUGCUAUAGCACUAACAAUACCAAGAGGAAACCGACUUUCUGUUAUCAAAAUACCCAAGUUCAGCAAAGAGUUUGUCGCAGUUUUGUCACCAAAUGAAGCUACCCUUCUUGAGGCUAUUAUGAGAUGAAUAAAUGAUCUUUAGAAUGCAA